AUGAUUAUUGAGAAUGACUCAAUCAUCGAGAGGAAGUUCACUACACUAAAUGCAAUAAUCUUUGAUUUAUUAGGGUUUCUGUAUCGAGAAGUAAGCAAUGCGAAAAAUGAUCCGAGCGUUCUUUGGAAAAGAGUGACGAAACUUGAAGCUCUUCUCUCGUUUUGCCGUAAAACCUUGGCCUCACACGAUGUCGAUUGUCAACAACGAAACAUAGUCAUCAGAGCGCGAGGCAUGGAGGCAGGUGAUGACCAAACGGCGACGAUUUUCAUAAUAACGCCGACGUACAAGAGAGAGACCCAAAUUCCCGACCUGGUUAGGUUGUCGCAUACCCUCAUGUUGGUACCGAACGUUUUUUGGAUUUUGAUCGAAGACGCGGAAAAGCCUUCGAAAUCGGUUGCCAAGCUUCUGUCCACUUCUGCCGUACCGGGCAUUGUCCUCAACGUAGCUACGCCCCCAAAGUACAAGUUGAACGCUUCUAGUCCCCACUGGCUGCUGCCUAAAGGAGCGGCUCAGAGAAACCUUGCCUUGACAUGGCUGAGGAACAACUCCCCAAAGCUUGGUCAUGGGGUGGUAUAUUUCGCCGACGACGACAAUACUUACAGUCUGAAGCUGUUCUCCGAGAUCCGUAGUGUGCGGAAAGUUGGAGUUUGGCCAGUCGGGCUCGCAGGCGGACAGUUGGUCGAACGGCCCAUUGUGGAGAAGGGCAAGAUCGUCCGAUGGUUGGUGUCGUUUAAACCUGAAAGACCUUUCGCAAUCGACAUGGCUGGGUUCGCCGUCAACUUAAGCCUGAUUUUGCAACACACGCACGCUGAGUUCAAAUACGAGGUAGCCCGGGGCUACCAAGAGACUCAGUUUCUGUCUAGCCUUAUCACGGUGGAUGAUUUGGAACCGAAGGCUGAUAACUGUACCAGGGUUUACGUAUGGCACACUAGAGACAGUCCUCCGAAACUGAAAGGCGAAUGGGCGCUGAAAAAACAGCUUGGCAUAAGUUCAGAUUAUGGCAUGGAGGAAUACUGA